AUGAACAUCGAAAAACCGCCAUGGAUGUCCCAGGAGGACUAUGACAAGCAGUAUGGAAAAAUUUCGCAAGAUUUGGCUGGCAGGAGAAAGACCCCUGGUUCUACAAUCACUGCAGAUUUGGGGAAGACAGCGUCUUCUGAAACGGCCAUUGCAACUACGUUGAAUAACAGUACCGCCAUCACCAACGAUGCAGCUUCUCCGCCUCCUUCCACACCUUUGAACCAAGAAGGGGACGUAAACGAUGCCAAGCAAAGGUCGGACUCAACUACCGAAGCUGAUAAACCAGUUUACAAGAUUCACAAGCGCAGACACGAACGCUACGAUCAGGAUGAAAGGAAGCAGAAAGCGGAGAGACAACGAUUGCGAGAUGAACAACUGAAGAACCAUGAAAUCCAGAUGGCCGCCAACAGGACCAUAAACGUCGAUCAAAUCGUUAGAGAGCAUUACAACGAGAGAACUUUUAUUGCCAACAAGGCCAGAAGACAUCUGUCCCCUAUCUUGAAACUGCGUAAUUUCAACAAUGCAAUCAAGUACAUGUUAAUCGAAAAGUAUACAAAAAGGGGGGACGUUGUUUUAGAACUAGCCUGCGGUAAAGGUGGUGAUCUGAGAAAGUACGGCAACGUCGGCAUAUCUCAAUUCAUUGGUAUCGAUAUCUCGAAUGCAUCAAUUCAGGAGGCUCAUAAAAGAUAUAGAAGUAUGAGAAAUUUGGCCUAUCAAGUAAUCCUAAUUACUGGGGAUUGUUUUGGCGAAUCGCUUGGUGUCGCUGUUGAACCGUUCCCAGAUUGUAGGUUUCCUUGUGAUGUAGUUUCAACGCAAUUUUGUCUUCACUACGCAUUUGAAACGGAAGAAAAGGCAAGAAGAACGAUCCUAAAUGUAUCCAAAUCUUUGAAAGUUGGUGGGUACUUUUUUGGCACCAUCCCUGACUCAGAGUUUAUUCGUUACAAGUUGAAUAAAUUCCCGCCAGAGGUGGAAACUCCGUCCUGGGGGAACUCCAUCUACAAAGUCACAUUUGCUAACAACGAAUAUGCGAAAAAUGCUAAGGAGUUUCCUUCCCCAUACGGUCAAAUGUACACAUAUUGGUUAGAGGAUGCCAUUGACAAUGUUCCUGAAUAUGUUGUGCCCUUUGAAACACUUCGAAGUUUGGCUGAUGAAUAUGGUCUAGAGCUAGUACUACAAAUGCCCUUCAACAAAUUCUUUGUGCAGGAAAUUCCGCACUGGAUGAACAGAUUUUCGCCACGAAUGUUGGAUGGACUGCAAAGAUCUGAUGGGAAAUUCGGUGUUGAAGGCGACGAAAAGGAGGCUGCAUCAUACUUUUAUACCGUGUUUGCAUUCUGUAAAAAGAGGAAUGUCGACAGUUGA